UUUUUUUUGAGGAGGCACUAGUAGUAUAUUGAGAUGACGUUUUCGAGAAGCAAAAUCCAUUCAACCUCCGUAUGAUGGUGUCAUUAGACAACGAUGCCGUAGUACUAUUCUUUACAUUUUACUAGUAAUAAUAAACAAGUCAUCUACAAAAUCAAAUAUUUGUUUCCAUCUUUGCAUGCCCGAAAGGAAGGUUUAUUCUUGAGGUCGCCAUCCCUUUUGUUGUGGUUUGGAUUUGGAUUUGAGACCCCAGUAACCGUGUAUUUGGGUUUGAACUUUGAAGCGUCCGAGGCUGGGGAAAAAAGGGCUUCUUUGGGGGAUCUAUGAAGAGAGAGAGGGGGAGAGAUUUCUAGUGAGAUAAAGGUAAAUGUUUCUUGGAAUUUUGGCAUUUGGGUUUGUUUUCUUGUUUUACAUUUGGGUGAUGAAUUAUUGUGAAUGAGUGUUUGUGUGAGCAUUUGGAAGUGUUAACUAAAAAAAGAUUGGACUUUUUUGUUUGUCAGAUUUGGGAGUAUUAUUAUUCGCCCAAAAACGUGCUUGGCAGCAACACAUCCUGUUCAGUGAUCUGGGUUGAUUUUUGUGUGGUCAAAACUUGAUUCGGAUCUGGGUUUUGUUCAAAUAUUGCGUUUGCAUAUCUGGAUUUUGCUCGGGAAACGGUUUUGUGACUUCAGUUUUGAGUUUUCGACGAAUUUGGUGCUCGGUGCGAUCUGGGUUGCUAUAGAAUCGGGUGGUGAUCUGGGUUUUGCUUAAGAUUGUGUUUUGGAUACUUACCCAAACAAAAAGAUUGUGUUUUGGAUAUAUUGAUUUUGCUCUGGAAAGGGUUGGCUUAUUGCUGUUGGAGUGUUUGAUCAGUCGGGUUUUCGGUUGGUGAUGUUUGGUGAUAUAUGGGCGAUUUGGUUUUGCCUCAGACAAGAGAUUGAUCAUCUAGACUUGAAAAUUUCCAUUACUGCUCAUACAGCAGUUCAUUAACUUGGCAGUGGCAGUAAUCAGGCCGUAGUAACUGGGAAAUCAGCCGAAUGUAUGGUGGGGUAUUUUGAUUUGUUAACAAUCAACUGGGGUCGUCGUGAUUUUCGUGUUUUUUACUACGGGAAUUGUGUGAAGUAGUCAUGUGUGCUUGGAGAUUUUCAUGAUGUGGUAUUGAAUGUGAUUGUUUUCGUCCAUUUGGAUACUUAUUAGAUGGCGAAAACAUCACCGUCUCCAAAUUCUACACCCUCCGCCGUCUCACCAGCAUCCACCCCUCCACCACCUAAUCCUUCCACUCCUCCGCCAGCCCCUCCUACAGCUUCUCCAUCUUCUCAGCCCAAAGCAAAUGCUCCAGAUCCUGUAACCACUCCUACUACUCCAUCCCCACCACCUCAAUCCCCUCCUACCACCAACACAACAUCACCUCCUCCAGCCUCACCAUCACCUCCACCACUAAAGGCCCCGGUGGACACCACACCACCUACAACAUCACCUCCUCCUCAAUCUUCUCCAGCUCCUCAAUCUUCUCCACCGCCUCCCGCCAAUGUCCCACCUCUAUCCUCAAGUUCUACCCCUCCACCUUCAUCAAGUCCAGCACCGCGUUCUCCUCCUCCUCCAUCAACUAAUCCCCCGGCUACUUCACCACCUCCUCCAUCAACUAAUCCCCCGGCUACUUCACCACCUCGUCCAUCAUCUACCCCUCCGGCCACUUCACCUCCGCGACCAUUAUCUUCCCCACCAGCGAGUUCGCCUCCACCACCACCUGCAUCACAACCUCCAACGAGUUUGCCGCCUCCACCCGUGUCAACACCACCGGCCGCUUCACCUCCGCCUCCCACACCACAGUCUCCUGAAAAUUCUCCUCCUCCAUCAUUACAGCCACCCCCAAAUUCACCUCCACCAUCAUCUUCACCACCACAAAAUUCAACUCCACCAUCGGCAUCGAAUCCACCUGAAAAUUCACCACCUCCACCACCACCUCCUUCUGGGUUUUCUCCGUCUAGUUCUCCGCCGCCAGCAAAUUCAACUCAACAAUCGCCACCACCAUCUAUAGUGCAUCUAUCGCCGCCUUCUUCCUCCCCCCCCCAACUUCCAAUUCCACCAUCAGCUAAUCCACCUACCAACGACUCGAGCACAAGUUCACCAGAAACAUCAAACUCUGCAGGUAAUGGGGGCCUUGGUACAGGAGGUGAAGUGGCUAUUGGUCUAGUUCUUGGUUUCAUACUUCUUAGUAUCAUCGGAACUGCUGCCUGGUGCGUAAGGAGGCGGAAGAAACAGGUUUCUAGACUCAAUGGUGGCUACAUUAUUCCAACCUCACUGGAAUCUUCCCCUAAAGCAGAUUCUGCCUUAUUGAAGGCACAGGCACAGGUACUACGCAUUGGAAGUGCUUCCGGCAGUGAUUGUGCGUACUCACCAUCAGAGCCAGGUGGCUUAGGCAAUUCAAGAUCAUGGUUUACCUACGCAGAGCUAUCUGAGGCCACAAAUGGGUUUUCAGUCCAGAAUCUUUUGGGUGAAGGUGGAUUUGGAUCCGUGUACAAAGGAUACCUAGCGGAUGGGAGAGAGGUAGCAGUAAAGCAGCUAAAGAUUGGUGGGGGACAGGGUGAGCGAGAGUUCAAAGCCGAGGUUGAAACUAUUAGUCGGAUACACCACCGACAUUUGGUUUCGCUAGUGGGUUACUGCAUUUCUGAGGACCAAAGGCUGCUUGUCUACAACUAUGUUUCCAACAACUCCCUUUACUUCCAUCUUCAUGGAAAAGAUAGGCCAGUUAUGAACUGGACGACACGUGUGAAAAUCGCUGCCGGUGCAGCUCGUGGAAUUGCUUAUCUCCAUGAAGACUGCCAUCCUCGGAUAAUGCACAGAGAUAUUAAGUCUGCGAAUAUUCUUUUAGAUAACAACUUUGAAGCUCGGGUUUCUGAUUUUGGGCUUGCUAAAUUAGCUAUUGAUACAAAUACGCAUGUAACAACACGUGUUAUGGGAACCUUUGGGUACAUGGCUCCGGAAUACGCCUCAAGUGGCAAACUGACUGAGAAAUCUGACGUAUUCUCAUUUGGAGUUGUUCUUCUUGAGCUAAUUACUGGACGCAAAUCUGUGGAUACAUCUCAACCCUUGGGAGAUGAGAGUCUGGUCGAAUGGGCUCGACCUUUGCUUAGUCAAGCACUCGAUACCGAGGAAUUUGAAGGAUUGGCAGAUCCAAGGCUUGAAAAGAACUACGAUGAUAAGGACAUGUUUUUAAUGAUUGAGGUUGCUGCAGCUUGUGUACGACAUUCGGCCGUAAAGAGACCUCGAAUGGGACAGGUUGUGAGAGCUUUUGACAGUAUGGCUACUGCGGAUUUAACUAACGGAAUGCGGGUGGGUGAAAGCGAAAUUUUCAAUUCUGCACAACAAUCUGCAGAAAUUAGACUGUUUCAGAGGAUGGCUUUUGGUAGUCAGAAUUACAGUACAGAUUUUUUCAGUCAAAGUAGCUUCAAUGAAUAAGAGAAUGCACUGGAUAUUACACAGCAUAACUGCAUUGUUAGAUCAAAAAUUUUGUUGUGAAGAAACAGGCUGAAUUGCUGGUGAUGUACAUGCAAAGGUGACUUGCUUGAGAGGUAAUUGAUUUGUAUCAGUCUUGAACAUGAUUGCGGCUGGUGUAGGUACUGAGUCGAAAUCUUGAUCACAUUUUGUAAGUAGGUUUAUUACCGGUGUCAUACAUAUUGGAUAUGAUUUCUUCGGUAUUGAUUUGUGUCGGUCCUGAACAUGAUUGCGGCUGGUGUAGGUACUGAAAGUCGAAAUCUUGAUCACAUUUUGUAAGUAGGUUUAUUCCCGGCGUCAUACAUAUUGGAUAUGAUUUCUUCUCCCUUUUUUUUCUGCCAGAUUUUUUCCCCUGUAAGUAAACAGAUGGAAAUUCUUCUUGUCAGCAAUAUAUUUGUUAUUCGUUAACAAA